GUGCGAGGGCACUGCAUCGUCGUCUCUCGCUUGGAGAACGGCGACGGGGCCAUGGCUUGGUGCCUGAAGUGCGGCUGCCGCUUCUGGAAGAGGUCCCCUCCUGCAGGGACUGGCCUGCUGGGCAGCUGCAAGGGGCGACCUGCCCCCGGCGAGAGGGCGGCAGAGGCGAGGCGGCUCCUGAUGCGGCUCCAGGAGCCGAAGAGCAAGGCGCCCACGGCCGAGGAGCAGGCGCGGCUCGCGGCGGUGCUCCGAGGAGGCGCUGGCGAGGCAGGCGGCGCUGGGGCCCCCGCUGGGGCUGGGCGGCGGCCGCGCUGGGGGCUGCGGCCAGCCGUGGCGGAUGCCUGGCAGGCGGCCGCGCUCCACGGCUUCGCUUCGCCCGCCGCCGCGGCGCGCUGGGCGCAGGCGCGCGCGGCGCCCUUCGGCGACG